AUGCCUUUUGAUAGAUACGAUGUCGUCAGGUUUAAACCAUCCACCUCCACAGGUCAAUGGUUAAAACCAUGCCAUAAAUUCGAACUGCAAGAAAUUCUCUUAGCAACAGAAAACUUCAAUAAGUCUUUGGUGAUUGGUAAAGGGGGCUUUGGAAAAGUGUACAAAGGUGAAGUUAUUAUUGGAACUAGUCAUGUUGCCGCUGCUAUCAAACGGUUAGAUUUGAUGUCAAAGCAAGGGGCAACGGAGUUUUGGGCUGAAGUCGAGAUGCUUUCCAAGUUGCGUCACUCUCAUCUAGUGUCUCUCAUUGGUUAUUGUAACCAUGAAAGAGAAAUGAUACUUGUAUACGAGUAUAUGCCGAAUGGAACUCUUGAAGAUCAUCUCCAUAAAUCCCGCACCCGUCUUUCUUGGGUUGACCGGCCAAAGAUUUGCAUAGGUGCCGCCCGUGGGAUAGACUACCUCCACACCGGUACUGGUAUUGAGUUUGUGUUGUGUCAGAAACGACCGGUGGAUAGGAGCCUUGAAUAUGGUUUAGCUACAUGGGCAAAAGAGUCUAUUAGAGAAGGAAAUUUAAAGAAUAUAGUUGAUUCUGAAUGA